AUGGAUAACAACACGAGUUCCCCAUUGUUCAUUGCCCAAGAAACUCUCUGCUUCUAUCCAAUCAGUACAAUCUACAACACAUGUCCACGAUAUCUCUUCUAUGCGCUUAUGCUGGCGACCUGUGUCACUCGAUGGACAGGAUGGGUCAUGAACGUAUUCUUAGGAACUGCCGCGACAUACGCCGGAACUGCGGCAAUUCACGCCUUCAUCAUGGUUUCUAGCCACCAAACACCCCAAGACCCUGGACCUGUCGCUAUUCCAUAUCUGUCCACCAACUCUAGCUUGCGGGAAGAAUUCCCUUAUUUGGUCACUGAGACAGAUCAUGUUAUGGUGUCGCCCGCAUCACUUGAGCUUGACUCGGAUGCUGUUCUUGCCAUCGUUGUCACUGGUUAUCUCGUCUUUUUGCCCCUGCAAUGUUGGUCCCGCAUCCUAACCCACGAUCGAGCACGGAAUCUACUCUUCUAUCUCUGGCAUGCCCUCAUGUUGGCUGGUUCUAUAUGCGCCCUUAUCUAUGCUGCAAGAGUACCCAAGACAUCACGUCAGUACAUGUUUUGCUUUCCUGAGCUCGCGCCUUUCGACGAUACAUCAAAUGACGGCUGGCAAGCCUCAUGGAGAACAUCCACAUGGAAUGACAGUGUGUGGGACACCUUUUCAAACAUAUCGCGAUGGAAUCAAAUUGGAGAUAUCUGCUUCAAUCCCUGUUUUAAUACAACCCAAAUUCUACGACAGCCAAGCUCAUUGCAUUCAGCCAUUGCAGACGGACACUUCAAAUUUGGCUCUUCCCAUAGCUUCUGGGAAAAGGUUCUUUACUCGCAUAGAUACAUCUACAGUCUCAUCAUUCUCUGUCUGAUUCUCAAUUGCCUCCUCCUGACUUACCGUUUCCUACCUUAUCGAUCACGCAUCCCGUCAGCGCAGAUCAUGGUAAUCUGGAAAGAACGAAAGACCAUGUGGAAAAGCUUCAAAGACGAGAUUAGGGAUGCGAUAAAGUUACCAGACAACCUUGAUUGUGACGAGGAUGAUCCAAGGCCGAUAAACAAGUAUACCGCUUUCCGACGCCGAAUGCGACACAUAUUCAGCCGUCAGUUCCUCAGGUCGUUUCUUCAUGUGAUUGUUGAUGCUGCGAUCCUUUUUGGGCUACUAUUUAGCAUGAUAGUCAGCCCCUUUACCAUCAUUGCCUUUGUCAUUUGGAUCGAGAUCCAAAUCUACAAAGACGGACCCCCUGGGGAAAGUCCGAGCCAGGUUGGUCAGUGGGCGUACCCUACGUCUCUGGCACUACUUGUAAUUUCAGCUGCGGUUAUGAGGCUCAAAUAUCGACUCGCUUCGUCCGCUGAGCUGGCACGUGAGAUUUCUGCAUUGAAACAACAUCUGGAGGAGCUAGAGAAAAUGAAGGACGCACGAUCCAGGUCUGACUCGACUGAACUCAGAUCUAUGAUAGGUCAUAACAAAGAAAACUAA